CGAAACCGGGCUUUCGCCGGCGAGAGUCCGGUUUCGCCUACCCGUAGCGGCGAAAGCCAGUUCUGACCUGGCUUUCGCCGGCGAAUCCCCGAUAUGAAACAAACGAUCGGGCAUUCGCCGGCCGCUCUCCGGCGAAUGCCCGAAAUCGGACUUUCACCUACAGUGUUUCAUGAUCGGCGAAUUCCCGGUUUCACCGCCGGGUGGCAACAAUGGGGGCUGCGUUGCCGUUGAACAGUUUUUAAAAUUUUCAGAGUACAGUACACAAAAUGCAGGACCCCGACAAACUCCCGAGCCGCGAAAUUUUCGAUUCUAGAUUAAGUAAAAUUCUAAAAGCCAAAAAGGCAAAAAAUUUAGCCUACAUGACCAAAAUUGAGUAUUCAAAAUUCAUUGAAGAAGUUAAGGAGGCGAAGGCGUUAAGGGCGGCUAAGGACAAGCCGUGCACGGUGGCACAACGCUCCCUGGCACAACGUCGCCUUGCAAGGUUUGGCGUUGUGGAGGUGAAUGGUGAGGAGAAGCUCAUUGCGGCCAUGAAGCCAGGCCAGAACCAAAUGCUUUUCUUCGCGCCAGUAGAAGAACUGCACCAAGUUCUAGAGGAAGCCCACAUAGCGGUAGGACACGGUGGCAAAAACCGCAUGUUGCCACACCUCAAGCAGCAGUACAAGAACGUUACCGAGGAGGCCGUUCUCUUGUACCUGUCCCUCUGCGGCAUCUGUCUGAACAAGAAGACCGCAAAGAAACGGGGCCUCACCGUCAAACCAAUGGUGUUCCGAGAAAUGAAUGACCGCUGGCAAGUAGACUUGGUGGACUGGCAAACCUCGCCUGAUGGAGAGUUCAAGCACCUCCUCUCCAUCAUGCUCUGCUUUGGCGCGCCAUGUAUCCUCCAGUCAGAUAACGGGAAAGAAUUCUGCAAUGAGAUUAUCACGUCACUCAAGAAGACCUGGCCUGAGUUGAAAAUCGUGCACGGUAAGUUAAUAUUUCUAGUCCUUAAUACUAAAUUUAUAAAAUUAAAAAAACUUAAAGAGUAAAUUGGUAUGUGUGCAGGAACUCCCAGACACAGUCAGAGUCAAGGAAGUGUGGAGCGCUCAAACCGGGACAUCCAAGACAUGCUGACGGCGUGGAUGCGGCAACAUCAAACGCGGGAGUGGUCGCAAGGACUUGAUUGGGUGGCGAACCAAAAGAACCGGGCGAUACAUCAGGGCACAGGUACUGAAGGUACUGAAGGUACUGAAGGUCGAUGGAAACGGGCAGAAGCUCGGAGUGUAUUUUCUCGCAGGUGUCUCCCCCUACCAAGCUAUGUUCGGCACCCCCAUGAAGGUCGGCAUCACCUCCAUCGUCCCAUCCGCCGUCGUGCCCGUCAUGGAGACAGAAGAGGAGCUGGAGCACUUCCUGGAAGGAAUUCGACUAGGUUCACCUGAAGCGUCACAAGCAGGUACUGAAGGUAACUGCGGCUGAGCGUCGAUGGAAACGGGCAGAAGCUUUGAGUGUAUUUUCUCUCAGGCUCCAGCCCAAUUGGCCGCCAAGCCCCGCUCAGGCGAUCUGCUCCGUCUUCUCCGGAAGAAGAAUCGCCUCAGCCGUCUCCACCGAAGACUCCCGUGGUCUCCAUUCGAGUGCCUCUUCCAGACACUCCUCCCGCAGUCUACACGCCCGUUCCAGCCUUAGACUUCGCGGGCUUCGGUGGGACACCAAUGUCACCAGCUGUAGCGGGGGCCUCCCGACCCAGAUGUGUCAGCUGUGGUUUGCGAUGUGCGUACGAUGAGCUCUGUAACUCCGAUAGCUGCAGGAGGCCCAUCCACAGGGCGUGUGCAGUCGGGGGCACUUGCUCGUUGUGCCAACGCACAGCGCGCAUCGAAGACCAGCAGCGAUCUGCACGGGAGGGUCUCAUCAAACAGGCACACAAGAUGACUAGAACAACGGCAAGGAAAUUCCCUGAGGUGAACGUCGGGGACACCGUGAUAGUGCCUAUUCCAGAAUUUGAUAGAGCCAAGUGUGACCCACGGAACGUCACAGCUGUCGUCACAGAAGUGCUCCCGGAUGGCUUCUACCGAGUGGGUAACCAGCAUGGUGUACUCGAGCGCCUCCUCGUCCGCAACCAGUUUGCCGUAGCCCAAGAGCAAUUCCUCCAGGUUGAUGAUGUACCUCAGGACACCACGAUUGCGCUCCGAGGCAUGUCUGCGGCUGCUGGUCUAUCGGGGGGCCAGGGUUUUAUCAAAUGUAAUUGCAAGACCAAAUGCAAGUCAAAAAAAUGCGGCUGCCGCGCCGCUGGAAGGUUGUGCAAUUCCAAGUGCCACGACAGCCAACCGUGCACCAACAAAUAAAACAUGUCCCUUUGCCUCCACUGCACCAAUAAAUAACACUAUCAGUCUGUGUCUGUCAUUACUGAUCGGCGAAACCGGGAAUUCGCCGAUCAUGAAACACUGUAGGUGAAAGUCCGAUUUCGGGCAUUCGCCGGAGAG